AUGACAACCACCCCCUUCCCCCUCCCCCCCGGGCUCCCCCCCACCGACACGCUCUACUACCCCGCGCUCUCCACCUCUUCCACCACCACCGAGCGCGAAACCUACAUCCUCUUCCUCCCCGGCAACCCCGGGCUGAUCGAGUACUACCGCCGCUUCCUGGGGACGCUGGCGGCGCUGCUUGCGCGCAAAGUACAUGUGCUCGGCGUGUCGCAUGCGGGGUUUUACUCGCAGCAGACGGCCGCUAGGGAGGUAGUGGAAGGAGGGGGAGAGGGAGAGGGAGAGGGAGAGGGUGCGGGGAAAGGGUAUUGGACGCUGGCGGAGCAGGUGGUGCAGAAGGUGGGUAUUGUGGAGUGGAUUGUAGGUGGAGGCGCGGCGGGGGUAGGUGAUGGCAAGGGUGGGCUGGAGAACGAGGGUAAGCUGGCCGAGGGUGAGAAGGAAAGGAGGAUGAGGCCGAGGGUGAUAAUUAUGGGGCACUCGGUGGGCGCGUAUAUUGCCAUGGAGACGCUGCGGGUGCUGGGGGAGAAGCGGGAGAAGCGGCGGGCGGAGGGUGGCGGUGAGGAUGGAGCUGAGGGGGAAGCUGAGGAUGAACCUGAGGUGUUUGGAGGUGUGAUGUUGUUUCCUACGGUGGUCGAUAUUGCGAAGAGCCCUAGUGGGAAGAUAUUAAGUGCCCUCCUAACACUAACCGGCGCCUACCUCCCCCUCCUCAUCUCGCACCUCUCCCACCCGCUCUCCCUCCUCCCCACCCGCCUCGUCUACGCCAUGAUCCGCCUACUGACCUUUCACCCCCCGUCCGCGACCGCCACAACGCUCUCACUCCUCACCACGCCCGGCGCCGUAUUCCAAGCGCUAUCUAUGGCGCGCGACGAGAUGGCCGAGAUCACGCACGACCGCUGGGACUACGGCAUCUGGGGGAGCGAGAAGGCGGGCGUGAGCCGGCUGUGGUUCUACUUUGGUAAGAACGAUCAUUGGGUUGCGGAGGAGACGAGGGAGGCUAUCAUGAAGACGCGGGGUAGGGGCAUGGGCGAGGAGUGGAAGCCGAGGAUGGUGCUGGAUGAGGGGGGUGUGCCGCAUGGGUUUUGUAUAGAACAUGGCGAGGUUAUGGCAGAGAAGGUGGCAGGGUGGGUGAAGGGGAUGUUGGAGGAGUAG